CAAACUCUCACCUUCCACUUCUCAAAAACAACAUGAAGAAAUCCACCAAACCAAUCCUCCUCCUCCUCCUCCUCCUUCUACUCCCCAUAGCAAUCCUCUUCCUUCCCACCAUUCCUUCCCUUCUCCUCACCAUCCCUCUCAUCACCACCACAAUCUUGAUCUUCCACCACAAUUCCAACAACAACAACAAAAACCUCCCUCCCGGCCCUCCAUCCAUCCCAAUCUUCGGCAACUGGCUCCACCUCGGCAACGACAUCAACCACCGCCUCCUCGCCUCCCUCUCCCUCACCCACGGCCCCGUCUUCCUCCUCAAGCUCGGCUCCAAGAACCUCGUCGCCGUCUCGGACCCGAAACUCGCCCACCAGGUCCUCCACGCCCAAGGGGUCGAGUUCGGGUCCCGACCCCGCAACGUGGUGUUCGACAUCUUCACGGGGAACGGCCAGGACAUGGUGUUCACCGUCUACGGCGACCACUGGCGGAAGAUGCGGCGGAUCAUGACCCUGCCCUUCUUCACCAACAGGGUCGUGCAGAGCUACAGCGGGAUGUGGGAGGAGGAGAUGGAUUCCGUGGUCCGCGAUUUGGGGAAGCAGGGAGGAGAAGGGAUUGUGGUGAGGAGGAGGCUGCAGCUGAUGCUGUAUAACAUAAUGUACAGGAUGAUGUUUGGUGUUGGGUUCGAGUCGGUGGAUGAUCCUCUGUUCGUGGAGGCGACGAGGUUUAAUUCGGAGAGGAGUCGGCUGGCGCAGAGCUUCGAGUAUAACUAUGGCGAUUUCAUUCCCCUGUUGCGGCCGUUCUUGAGGGGGUAUUUGAAUAAGUGCAGGGAUUUGCAGCGGCGGCGGCUGGCUUUCUUCAACAACCACUACGUGGAACAGAGAAGGAAAAUAAUGGCGGGAAAUAACGGGGAGAAAACCCACAAACUCACCUGCGCCAUGGACCACAUAAUCGACGCGGAGAGGAAGGGCGAGAUCAGCGAAGCCAACGUGCUCUACAUCGUGGAGAACAUCAACGUCGCCGCCAUCGAAACCACCCUCUGGUCCAUGGAGUGGGCGAUCGCCGAGCUAGUGAACCACCCACAGGUCCAGCACAAAAUCCGGCAAGAAAUCUCCGGCGUCCUCAACGGCAACCCGGUAACCGAAUCCAGCCUCCGGGACCUCCCGUACCUGCAAGCAGUGGUGAAGGAGACGCUCCGGCUGCACACUCCGAUCCCACUUCUGGUCCCGCACAUGAACCUCGAGGAGGCCCAGCUCGGUGGCUACACGAUUCCCAAGGAGUCGAAGGUGGUGGUGAACGCGUGGUGGCUGGCCAACAACCCGGCGUGGUGGAAGAAACCGGAGGAGUUUCGGCCGGAGAGGUUCUUGGAGGAGGAAGGGGAGACGGAUGCAGCGGUGGCUGGAGGCAGAGUGGAUUUCCGGUUCGUGCCGUUUGGGAUGGGGAGGAGGAGCUGCCCUGGGAUCAUACUGGCAAUGCCGAUCCUGGGGAUGGUGAUCGGGAAGCUGGUGAGUGAGUUCGAGAUGAAGGCUCCGCCGGGAGUAGAGAAGAUUGAUGUGACUGAGAAAGGAGGGCAGUUCAGUCUGCACAUUGCCAAACAUUCGACGGUUGUUUUCGAUCCGAUCGAGGUUUGAAUGUGUCGUCUGGAGAAGGAAACCUUGAACAGAUUUGGAUCAAGAGUCGUUGCUUUAUGCUUUCUAGUUUCUUGUUUGUUUUUUUUUUUCUCGUCCCAGUAAAAGUGUCCCAAGUACUUACAACAUACAGAGAAUGGUAGUAAACUUCACAUGGAAA